CCAAGCUGAAAGUGAUCAUGGAUCUCCAUAACACAACGUACAUAUCUAUUCAAGCCAACUGCACGGUGGACACCAGCUACCGCUUCAUCUACUACAAGAUCUCCUACAGCGUGAUCUUCAUAUUCGGCGUACUCAGCAAUGCCACAGCACUGCGGCAUUUUUGCCACAUGCCUCGGACGUUCACCAGCACGGCCGUCUACAUGGCCAACCUGGCCGCUGCGGAUAUCUUCUUUGUGAUCUCCCUCCCCCUGCGCAUCUAUUAUUACCACAACAAAGCUGCCACUACCUUCAACCUCACCGACGACUGGUCUCCAGGAGAUGCUUUCUGUCAGCUGACCUUAACGUUGAAGUAUAUCAGCCUAUACGGAGGAAUCUUCUUCCUGGUUUGUACUGGAGUAGACCGCUACUUUGCCGUGGUUCACCCUCUACAUCAGCAUCUGAGGAAGGUUUGCACCGCCCGCAUGCUCAGCGUUGGGAUCUGGUGCUUGGUUCUGGCACUUAGCCUAACUCUGCCCUUUCUGUAUUCGGCGGCAUUCCGAUGGCACAAGUCAUGCCUCUUGGAUCCAUCUUCCAAACGCCACCGUACUAUAAUCCUAGCUGCUCUCGGCUUGGUGCAAAUCGCCUACCUGUUGCUCCUGCUGUUCAGCUACUGCAGCAUACUCAGUGUGCACCGCAGGCUGCCGCACCGCAGGAAGAUCCGGCACCGACGCACACUCACUGUCAUCUACUGGGUCCUGGUGGACUUUUUUCUCUGCUUUACCCCUUAUCACCUCAAUCUGCUAGGUUACACUCUUACACAAGUGGGUCUUGUGCACAGCUGCGGCCUGGCUCACUUCACAAAAGUGCUUCAUCCCGUAGUGCUCUCACUGGUCAGCACUAACUGCUGCCUGAACCCCCUUAUUUACUACUUUUCUAGUAGUUUGGUACACAAAGAGCCGACCGGCAGCAGAGGAAGUGCUAGUCAAUGA